AUGACAUCUGAGCGAGCCAUCCCACACCUUCGCGACAUCUUCGGACUCAACCAACAAUACGAAGCCAAACAGACAUUCGACGAACAUGACGACAAAACAAAGAAGUCCAGCCGUAAGAAAAAAGAUGAUUUUCGAACGUACACCAAUGGCGACGUGAAAACCCUUGAAAGACAUCUCAGUAUGAAGAAAACAAUAAGGAAAAAGAUUAUGCGCGACCUGCAACAGGCGUUCGUCGAAGACCCUAACGAAUUUAAGGUCGAAAACACAAGUCCGGAAAAACUAAAGGCUGAACUAAGCGCUGAAGCUGUGAAAAUAGAGAAGAACGUGAAGAAGAGUGACCCAACGUUCCUGGAUAUGUUAAGGGGAGAUACCAAGUCUGAGGAGACGCGGGAAGAACAGCCGACUGCGGAAAAGUCGAGCUUUUGGCGGCGUUUAACUAUGAAGAAUAAGAACAAGAGAUAA